AUGACCUCUGCGCAGGAGGUUGGAACGAGAACAUGGGCAGUUGUCACCGAAGUCACUGGCAAAGUGCCACACAUCAGCCGCCAGGACCCCCUUAAGAAGAGGAUCCCCUUCAAUUUCUGGAACUCCACAACCUUCUUGGCCAUGGUGGCCCGGAAGCGACGGCGGAAGGAGUCUGCUCCGAGCGAGGGCGGCGCCAAUGGCGCUCCACAGGAGAGGAGGUCGCACCCAGCCUUCUCGAAGAGCGGCUGGAAAACCGUCCAACUCGACCUAGACGUGAUGAAGGAGUUCGAAAUGCAAGGGGGCCUUUUCAUCGAAGAGGCUGAUCCUGCGGAGGUCGGAGUGGAGUACUCCACGGUGCAGGAACCCCUCCAGGCAGUGAAGAGGAGGCGUCUCAAGAGGACCGGCAAAGCGGAGGCUGCACCCGCCGAGGACCUCACGGCCGAGAAUGAGAAGCUGCGCAAGGAGCUGGCGGAGCUGCGCAGCAAGACGCAGUCACAAGAGGAG